AUGCCUUGGCUAGAGUUCUGGCUCGCUGCCAUGAUCAUCACGGGAUCUCAGGGGUGCCUCAAAUGCAGCCCAGAGGCCAUGCAGAUUCUGAAUGAAAUCAAAGGUCCCUACCUGGAUGGCAAGCUCCGUGGAGACCCUGAACUCCGAGCAAAACUGAACAAGCUCCUGGAGAGUACCAUCGAGAACCUGUCAAGCCACCCCAUAAAAGUGGGCACAUACAUGGGCGUUAUUGAUGAGACCACUCUACAACAGCUUGCGAGCUACUUCAAACGCUCCAUGAACCGGAUCAUGGAAAACCAGUUUGAUGGUGGGCAACUUUUCAAUGAAAUCACGUGGGGCCUCCAGGAUCUUGUUGGUGCUUUUGAGCAGCUGCUGGCAAAGUUUCUGAAGUUCUAUUGCAGCAAUGAAUGUGGUCGCAUGGUUUAUGUGUUUAUGAACUGCUACUCAUGCAAUACGCAUGUUUACUCCUGCAACAAGAAUAUCAAUUGUGGAGAACGGAAGCUCAAAGUGGAAACAGAUGAAGAUUUGAUUCUGGACUGUGCUCUGAGGUGGCACAGGUACAGCCAAGAUGUGAAGAACUAUGUCUUUUACCGAAUAGUGGGUGGCAAAGAGCAAGUGAUGACCUCCACUAUGGAUUCCUUCUUGGUGAAGAAGGAGGCAAACGCAAACGACACGGGUAGAUAUCGUUGCAAAAUGAUGGGUUCUACAGGAUAUAGCAACAGCGUGCUUGACUUCCAAGUGACUGUGGUGCCGUCUGUCGGGAAGACCACCUGGUUCCCGCGACCGCAUCCCACUCUGGAAGGCCCCCUGAUGAUGGGGGUGUCUUCCAGGGCUCCGCCUCCCAAACCAGACUGGACAGUGUGGAUAGUGAUUGGGUCCACCGGAGGGGUGCUUUUCAUCAUUGUUGCCUCAUUUUUAUGGUAUUAUCGUCACCAGAAUGAAAAGGAGGAGGAAGAGGAGGAGUCGGGUGAUGAUGAAGAGGACGAAGAUGAAAGUGAGUCAUCAGAGGAGGCAGAGAAAUGA